GUUAUUUUUAUUAUCCUCUAAUACUUUAGAAUAAUAUUGUUUCUUACAUGUCCUCAGGAUCUCAGUUUCCCUGAAGCCUCGACGCUGCUCUAUAACCUCUGCAGUAUAAUCUGGGAAAAUAAGGAUCCGCUGUCCUUCGUAGUCCAGGGCGCGCUGUCUCCCGAGUCAUAUGAUCUUUUCUUUUUCCUGCGCCAGAUGCACCCGUGCAAUGAUGGUACGCGGUCAGCUGGUUUGGGCUGCAGUGUGUGGUGCGCUCUGUCAAUUACCACCGGCUUAUCGAAGUUUUCCGCACCAAGCAGUUUAGGAAUCAGAUGGGAGACGAAUUCCGUUGGCCUCCCCUUCUCCUCGCCUUCAGGAAUACCAAUUAUUUUGAUAUUAUUACAUCUAGAUCUUCCUUCCAGGUCUAAAAGCUUGGAGCAGAGGGCCUUGUUCUCUUGCUGCAACUGUGCGAGUGAAGUCUCUAUAUCGCCGAUACGCUGUUCAUGGUCUUCAGCUUGUUUUUCCAUGUCGCAGACUCUCUGUAACAGAGACAUGCCUCAGUCUGUACCUAAGCAAAAGAAAAAGGCUCAACAGUACAAAGGCCAAAAGAAAAAGAGGAAGAUUCCAGUUGGUCGACGGCCCUUCAGUCAGGCAGGCAGGAGGAGGAGCAGCUUCUCAGGGGACGAAGAGCAGAGCCCGCCCCCUUACCCUGCCCAGGGGCCUGCUCGGCCCCGGCCUCGAACCCAUCUCCAUCAAACCCACAAAUCAGAGUCUCUCCUGCGAAUGAAGGAGGAGACAGCAGAUGCAGAUGAGUUUACCUUCUCACAGGGCAUCUCUGACCAGGAAAGCAACGGCUCGGGCAGCUAUUACAUCAAACAGGAGCCCUGAGGUCACGAGGUCAGAACAGAGCAGGACAAACCGGUACAGGAUACACCUCUGGAACACCCCAGUGAAGAUCCGGAAUGUGUGGAGUCAAAUUAGCCUCAAAUCACACUCAUACCAGUGCCACAGGCCUUCUGUUGAAGAGAUGGCAAUGAGGAGAGAAGGUUUCAUGCAUAGAAAAUCUUUUAACCUUGUAGCCAUACGUGCCCGUAAUCACCCACAAAACCUGAAUGAUUUAGGAGCAGGACCCAGGUUUGUGCCUGGGUCACAGAUAUUUGUGCAUUCCUUACCACCCUUGGGUGUCACAGCAUCGGCUUCUUCUCCUCUCCUGUUUAAAACACCCAACCAGAUGAGAUAUUUGGAUGGGUAAAAAACAAACAAACUUUUUCCUCAGAAAUGGGGGGUCUGGCAAGUCAACAUAAGCCCAUCUAGCCCCUGCCACAAUCUGGGCCACGCACAGAGACCUGUGACAAACUGUGAGAACCUUUUAUUGAGCCAGGUGUUUUUUUUUUGUUUUUUUUUUUUCCAGGUCAUAGUUAGCCACUGAAUGGCCAGAGAAGAGACUAGCAGAAAGAGGAAGGGAGCUAUGUACAUUUUGAUUUUCUUUCUUUCUAAACAAUACUGCCAGGUGGACUUUUACUUUGUUUAAAGUACUUGAAGUUUUUUUCCCCUUAUCUUUUGUAAUGAUAAUGACUUGUUUUUGUCUUAAUGUACUUAUUUUGCAUUUCCACUUUUGCUGGCUGUGUGGGAAAUGUAAUGUGCAUUGUUUCACAAAGGUGAUUAUAUUCAUAUAAUAUGUGGAGACCUAUUCAAAUAGAACGGCUGACUAUAGAUCCAGGAUUGUGACUUGAAGAGAGAUCCUAGUACAGUGCUGCUCAGCAUUACAGAAAUCGAUCUUUUUGGAAUAUUUACAGCUGAAUUUAUUUCUGAUUCAAAUAUUACAGAACAAAAACCUGAUUCAAGGUCCAUAAUAUUAUUAAUACUAGAGGUUUGUUGGCACCCAACCUGUAUGUUUCAUCAGACAUCAUGUGUGAUACAAAUGGUGUCAAAGUUCAACUAGGACUGCAACUAAAAUAUUUUUAUCUAGUUUUUUUAUAUAGAUAAUUUUAUUAAUUGAUUCUUGGGAAAACUACAAAAAGCCCAUUACAAUUUUUCAAGGGGAUUUGUUUUGAUAUAAGCCUUGAUAUAAGAUUUUGAUAUAAAGCAGUGGCAGCCAUAUGUGCCUGAAAUUACCUUCUAUGUGGUUUAAAAUUUUUGUUUUUGACUAAUUAUGUGAUUAAGCUACAAAUUGUCUCACCAUUUAAAUAUUUUCUCAUUAAAGCUGCACAUGGAAGCAUUGGCAGUAUUUUAGUUUUGAGACAGCUGAGAGGUGACAUUUAACAGAAUAUUUUACUUUUUUGUUGGAGCAUUGUUUUGCAUUUCAUUGACUGCAUGGAAAAUUUGUAUGAUGCAGUUCUAAAAAGUAAUAUCUUGUGCAGAUGUGGACGCUUUUCCUAACCUUCAUUUUUGUUC